GUAUUCGGCCUUUACGCUCAAACACGUCGGUUUUCCCUUUCCAAUAGCGAAACCAAAAGCAUCACAGCUAUGAAUGCCGCAGUCAGAUUCCAACCCCUUGCCAGUGCACUGGUGGCUCGCAAUUCACGCUUGAUUGUCCCUCGCCAGAUCAUUAGGCAAGGGUUCAAGCCAGAGCCAACCCAGUCAUUUCGUCGCGGUUUUGCUUCCGACGCUACAAUCCCGAGGCCAAAACCAAGGAAGAGGUUCCGAACCCUUAGGAUUGCUUGGAGAUUGACACUGGGCUUGACGUUUCUGGGAACUGGGUGGUUAGCGUAUUCCAUUUACGAGACUAGAUUUCCCCGCGAGCAAAUCGAACCUGAUCCGGCAAAGAAGACGCUCGUUAUCCUCGGUUCUGGAUGGGGCAGCGUGGCACUGCUCAAGAAAUUGGACACGGAAAAUUAUAAUGUUGUAAUUAUUUCUCCAAGGAACUUCUUUCUAUUUACCCCUCUACUCCCCAGCUGUCCUACCGGAACCGUCGAGCAUCGGAGUAUCAUGGAGCCCCUGCGUCACAUUAUCCGGCACAAGAAGGCUUCAGUGAAAUUCUAUGAAGCUGAGGCAACGAAAAUUGAUAAUGAACGUCGCGUUGUUGUUAUAAACGAUCUUUCCGAUGUGAAGGGCGAUGUGCAUCAGACGGAGGUCCCUUUCGACUACCUUGUGGUAGGGGUUGGCGCAGAAAAUGCUACCUUUGGGAUACCGGGUGUUCGCGAGCACGCAUGUUUCUUGAAGGAGAUCAAUGAUGCCCACAAAAUCCGGAAAACUGUCAUGGAUUGUAUCGAGACCGCCAUGUUCAAAAACCAAACACAGGAGGAGAAAGAGCGCCUUCUUCACAUGGUUGUGGUCGGAGGCGGACCUACUGGUGUUGAAUUUGCGGCAGAGCUGCAAGAUUUCUUUGAGGAUGACUUAAAGAAAUGGAUUCCGGAUAUUGCCGAUGAUUUCCAUGUUACACUCGUUGAGGCGCUUCCUAACGUCCUACCCAUGUUUAGCAAGACUCUCAUCGAGUAUACCGAGAAAACCUUCAAGGACGAAAAGAUCUCGGUUCGCACCAAGACAAUGGUCAAGAAUGUUACCGACAAGCAUAUUGAAGCAGAGGUUACCCAUCCCGACGGGAGAAAGGAGCUGCAAAGGAUUCCCUAUGGAUGUCUUGUUUGGGCUACAGGAAAUGCUGUGAGACAAGUCGUCCGAGAUCUGAUGUCGCAGCUCCCGCAGCAAAAGAACUCUCGUAGGGGCUUAGCGGUUAAUGAGUAUCUUGUUGUCGAUGGCACUGAUGGUAUCUGGGCACUUGGCGACUGUAGUGCUACCAAAUAUGCUCCGACUGCUCAGGUGGCAUCACAGCAGGGCGCCUUUUUGGCGCGCUUGUUCAACUCUAUGGCUCGGACACAAGCCCUAGAAUCUGAACUGGAUCACCUCGAGGAGCUCUCCGCACAGACAACAGCCCAAGAGGAUCGCGAAUCACUAGAAAGGGAGAUCCAGAAGAAGGGCAAGGCGAUCAGAAGGGUCAAACAGUUGUCACCCUUUGAGUACAGUCACCAGGGAAGUUUGGCUUACAUCGGGAUGGAGCGCGCGGUUGCUGAUAUCACCUGGUUCAACGGAAACUUGGCUUCCGGUGGAUCAUUGACUUACCUCUUUUGGAGGUCUGCUUAUUUGUCAAUGUGUUUUGCUACUCGUAACAGAGUCUUGGUGCUUAUGGAUUGGAUAAAAGUCAAGGUUUUUGGUCGCGAUGUUUCCAGGGAAUAAUUAUUUUCAACGCGUAAAACCGGUUCGCCUGAUUUAAAUGAACCUUUUCUUUUUCUUUUUCUUUUUCCCUUUUUCUUUUUCCCUAAUAGACAUCCUUUUUGAACCGGACCUCUCCUGAAUUAAUUUUUUUCUCCAAUUUUCUUAAGCCUUUACCGCAUUUUGCUUUUUCCCUUCCACGUGAACUUAGAAGGAAUAUUUUCCGGGUUUUCAUUAUUUGUCGAUGGGGUAAGUAUUCUGGCGGGAUUUGCAUUAUAGGUAUAAUAUUGGGUUGAUUGUUGAGCUUGUCUAUGGAGUGAGUAGAUUUGUAUACGGAAUCUUUUCUUUUCUUCUUCUUUUGAUACCAAUCUGUAUUCUAUUGUUGAUUCCCUCUGUAAAUUUCAGCAGGAUAGAGAUGGUUUCGCAUGGGUAAAUUUUAUCAUUAGACUUUGUGACA